UGUUGUCAUUGUGUUAUACCAUAAUGUCAUGUGUGGUGUUAAUGUUAUGUGUUGUAAAUAAGGUCACACUGAGGAAAUGAUACCUUAGCUUCAGUGUUAAAAGCAGCUUCCACCACACACUAAGACACUGUUCACAUGAAAUAUAUCAUAGAAGAAAAAGCGAACCAGAGAGAAAAUGAAUCUAGUGAAAUAUAUUCUUGUUGGGCUGCUCUUAAUCACUGGAUAUCAUGCCAUGGGUGUCAGUGUAGGGCUCACUGCUGUCAACUCCAGAGUGGGAGAUGAUGUUACUCUGCCAUGUAACAAUGUCAUUCAUUCUAACUGCUCCUCAACUACGUGGCUUUAUGCACAGAGCAUACAUCAGGAAUUAGUACAACUGGUUAAUAAUUCACACAGAAAUGAGAAAAUUACAAUGGGGUCUGACUGCUCUCUGCACAUUCAUAAAGUCAGCACUGAGGAUGCUGGGUCCUACACCUGUAGGCAGAUUAUCCAUGGAACGCAACGUGGAGCUGAUGCUGUAGUUUACCUGUCUCUACUCACAGUUGUUCCACUAAACGAUCUGAUGCCCGGCAGCAACAUGACUCUACGGUGUCUCCUGUACACCUAUGGUGGUCCUGGGCAGUGUAAUAAACAGCCAUUUAACAGUCUGACCUUGAGGUGGGUAAAUGACACAGGCACUGAUCUGCAGGGAGAUCCCAGAUACCAGAUACACGCGUCCUCCUGCGACUCCACUCUGACAACUGAACUUCAGUGGACAGACAACAACAGGAAGUGGAAAUGUCAGCUGGCUGAUAAGGGGGAAGUGAAAGUCUCACAGAGCUACAGCAGCACAUUCCCUGACAGAAGUCCUACUACAGCAGGUAUUGUGUCUGGAGUUGCUGUGUUCGGAGCUGUGUGUGUGGCUGUUGUUGUCAUGGUGAUAAUCAAGAGGAGAGCAGGGAAUCAAAAAGAAACCAGUCACAGCAAGACUUGUGAUUCUGAGACCUACGCUACGAUCGACUACCUGACAACCCAGCAGGCAGAGAAGGGGAAACUAGAAACGUACAUCUUUAGUGAAUAUGCCACCAUAACUGAACACACACUUAAACAUUAAAGCCAUUAACUAAUUUAAGGACUGAAUACAGUCGUCUUAAUCUAGGCACAAAACUAGUGGCGCUGUUUUAAUAUUUGGUAUUUUUACUUAAGUACGGUUUCAUUCCGUGAGCCUGGAACAUAAACCUUAUGCCUAAUCAGAAGUCAUUAUAUAAAUGAAUAUUCAUUAAUUUUUUCAGUUUCCAGAAAAAUUUAUUUGAUUUGUAUAAGUAACAAUAUUUCAAAUACAACCCCAAAUCAGAAUAAGUUGGGACUGAAAACAGUACUUUGUUAAAUUAUCUUUGACCUGAAUUACAUUGAAAACAAUACAACAGCACAUUAUUUAAUGUGUUCUUCAUGAAUUGUAUUGUUUUUCUCAAAAUAAACACGUAUUUCAAUUUUGGUUCUUGCAACACAUUUAAAAAAAAGUUGGGACAGUAAAGCAUUUACCACUUUGUAAUGUUGCCAUUCCUUUUCACAACACUUAAAAGACGUUUAGGGACACCAAGUGAUGAAGUGUUUCAGGUGUAAUUUUGUCCCAAACAAGUCUUAAGGUGGGCAACAGUACGGGGUCUUCGUUGUUGCAUUUUGCACUUCAAAAUGCGCCACACAUUCUCUAUUGGAGACAGGUCGGGACUGCAGGCAGGCAGUCAAGUACCCAAACCCUCUUCCUCCGCAGCCAGGACUUUGUAAUGUGUGCAGAAUGUGGUUUUGCAUUGUCUUGUUGAAAUAUGUAUGGGUGUCCCUGGAGAAGAUGUCUUCUUUUGGAGCAUAUUGUGCUCUAAAAUCUCUAUGUACUUUUCAGCAUUAAUGAUGCCAUCACAGAAGUGCAAGUUACCUUUGCCAAGGGCACUGGCACAACCCCAUACCAUGACAGACCCUGGCUUUUGGACUGGUAACAGUCUGGAUGAUCCUUUUCUUCUUUGGUCCGUAGCACACAGCGUCCAUUUCUCCCAGAAAUACCUGACAUACUGAUUCAUCUGACCACAGUAAACGUUUCCACUGUGUGAUGGUCCGACCCAGAUGCCUCUGAGCCCAGAGAAGUUGACGGUGGUUCUGGACACUGUUAAGAUGGGGCUUCCUUUUGGUACAGUACAGUUUUAACUGGCAUUUGUGGAUGUAACUACGUAUUGUGGUACUCGACAAAGGUUUGCCAAAGUAGCCCUGAGCCCAUGUGAUCAUAUCGCUUAUAGAUGAAUGACGAUUCUUGAUGCAUCGCCACCUGAGAGAUCGGAGAUCACGGUUGUUCAGCUUAGGCUUGUGCGCUUGUCCUUUACUCACUGAAAUUCCUCCAGAUUCCUUGAAUCUUUUAAUUAUGUUAUGCACUGUUUUCACAAGUCAUAACUUUUUAUGAUUUGGGGUUGAAUCAAAAGCACAGGAAGUUUUGGCUACUUAUAAAACUGAACUUAGGCCUAACAGUUUGAGCAUGCUGUCUAACCUUCAUAGCCUGCAGGCUUUCUUUAAUACAUUGAUUGAUUUGUUCACUGCUGUAGCCUGUGUCAACUUUCCUUUCAGACAGAUGUAAAGUCCUUUCUGUUUUUGUUCUGUGGAGUUUCUUUUGAACAGCAUAUGGCUGAAUUCUGUUAGACCUCAGACUGAAGAAAAUUGUGUUAAUUGAAAAGCAAAUAUCAAAAACUCAGUCCGCAGGAAUGUUUUUCAGAAGAUUUCUGUGGACUUUUGGAAAUUUCACGAACUUCCAUCGCUCGAUUACAUAAACACUGAGUGAGAUUUCAUUGCCAUUACUGCAACGUAUGAAGAGGAUUAUGACUUAUUACUUUAGGUUAUCGGACUGAGUGAGUUUUGGAAAUUUGCUCUUCAAUCAAUAACUGAAGCAGGGCUGCGAAUGCAGAGGUUAUAUACGUCGCAUAUCAACAGAACUGUAUGUGUAUGUCUUGUCUUAAUUAUUUUGAUUAAAUGUCUGACUAUUGCCAGUAUGUGUGAAUAUACUUGGCCAAAUAAAGCUGAUUCUGAUUCAGUCA